AUGCGUAUGGUGGGCACUGAGAAAGCACAUGGUUCCAGAAGUAUACAUCCAAUGGACAAACAUAAUCUAUCACGAAGCCAUAAGCCAUUUGCAAACUGCGGCAGGGCAAUCGAAACCAUUCUGCGUAAAGACUGGGAUACAUCAGGGAUUGAUGGUCUCUUUUCUACUGUUUAUCACAGCCAUGGAAGCAGCGACGAAAAGCCUAAACCAACAGCCUCCAUGGGCUCUCCUGUAUGCAAUGCAUAUGAUGCGGCGCUGGUGGCAGAAAACAGAAAAGAACUUGAAGAUGAGGUACAGAGAUGGAAGGACUAA